AUGAUGAAUAAGGAGGAGAAGAAAACGGAAUCAUCAAGUUCAUCUCUAUGCAAAACAAGUGAAAACAGUAGCCAGAAUGAAAGGAAUGAUGUUGAAGAUGAAUCUGAUGAUUCCUCAGAGGGAGCAUCAGAAAGUUUACGAAAUUCUUUGGUCAAUACAAUCGCUACAAUUCAAAAUAAUUUCUUCAAAGAAGGAAAAUCAUUGGAAGCAUGGCAUCAAUUUUUGUUCAAUAAAAUUCUUUACAACAAAGAUUAUAUUCACAUCAAUGAGGCAUUCUGUUUCAUAGAACGCAAAAUAGUAAUUAAAAGAGAACAGUCUUUGACAAUUCACAAGAAUAAAGCACGCAAACAACGUGAACAUUGGCUUAUCUAUUGGAUUGUAUUUGCAUUUUUCAUACUGCAAGAUUACUACACCGAAUGGUUGACGCAGUUCUUCUCGCCAUUUCUUUUACUAAAGAUGCUAUUUUUGAUGCUCUUAGCAUUACCACAGACGGGUGUCGCUGAAUUAUGCUAUUACAACAUUGUAGUUCCUAUGCUUUCCAUUUUGAACGAUACUUUUGUGAAGUAUAAUCGACGGAACAGCGAUGUUGCAAAUCUCACAGCAAAUGCUUCAGAAAUUUCAAAAGAGAACGAUGAAUGA